GUUCUAUGGUGUGUCUGUGGUUGAAAAGAAAAAACUACCGUAAACAUCAGCGAAUCAAGAACUCUUGUGUCCCCACUUGUGAACAAGCCGUCAGUGUACCUUUUUAUACCAUCCCCCAACAAUGAUGGCAGCCAAGCUGGACAUUGCCGCAAAUGUGAUUGCUGAAAACUUGGGUCGUAACUGGCGUAGAUUAGGACGACAGCUGGGUCUGACCGAAACUAAACUGGAUUCCGUCUCAACGAGACAUCCGAACGAUUUGGACGAGACUGCCAGAGAGCUGCUGAAGGAAUGGCGCAAGAAUCGUGGAUCCGAAGUCUGCGUUAAAGACUUAGUUAGGGCUCUCAGGGCAUGCCACCAAAAUCUCACAGCUGAUAAAGUGGAGGAUGCCUGGAUGAUACCUCAAUAGAGAACCAAUGACAUAUUAAUAUUUAACCCAUGUAUAUAAUGCAGCAGAUUUGUGGUCAUUUAGAAUAUGUAUUAAGAUAUAGGUGCGCAUAACACAAUCUGAGAUGGUUGGAAAGACCAAUUUAUUUACAGUAUUUGCCCGGUAAAUAAAAUUCUUUUUUACUUGUACUUGAGUAUAUUUUAUUUAUUUAUUUUUUUGGACGACUACUUUUACUUGAGUAAUAAUAUUUUGAAGUACCGCUACUUUUACUUGAGUAAAAUUUUUGGCUACCCUACCCACUUCUGGCAAACAGACGUCGACGUAACUCAGACCUUACAGCUCGUUCCACCUGCUGAAAUAAGGAAUCCGAAAAUGAA